GUGGGAGGAGGGAAACUGAGGCAGGCAAUGCAAACACCCCCCAUGGCUCCCUUUUGCCUCCCUUCUCAGCAAGACGGCUCAGCAGCCACGGGGCCCCCGGCUCGAUAACGGGGCUUUUGUGCUGCAGCCUCUGCUGACUCAGGGCUUUUUUGCGGCCGCGCUGCUGCGGGAGCCCCGUGACCAUCAGUGGGGGGACCCUGCAGGGGGCAGCGGGCUCUGCAGAAAGCCGGUGGCUGCGGGAGCUGGCGUUACCCCGUGACGGGGGACAGGGACGGAGGGGACACCCCAGCCGAGCGAGACCCGGUGAGUGACUUCGCUUUCUCCAUGGGGCGGCUGAUCAGCAAAAGCUCCUAAUUAAAACGCGAGUGACAGCCGCUUUUGGCUGUUCCAAUGGGAUGCCCGUCUCAUCCCAUGGUGAUAACCAGGGACACAUCACCCUGGUGUCACUGCUGCUGUCCCCGAAAGAAAGGCGCUUGGGGACAGCGUGCAUUCCACUGCUGCAGGGACAGCCCGGCCAGGGACCCCGCAGUUUGUGUUGUGCAUCCGAGGUUUUCUGUGCAGGGGAAACGAGGAGCAAAACCAUCCCUGAUGCUGGGCUGGUCCCAGGAUCUCGGUUGUGCGGGGACAGGCUCUGGUCCCCAACACCCGCCGGGCGAUGGGAGUGGGGAAAUGCUGGUCACACCUGCCCUGUGCUGACUGGUGUCAGUUUACCAGAACCCUCUUUUGAAGGGCCCCUUGAAGACCAAUCUAGUUUUAUUUUGGGAUAGCCCAGGUCAGUGUCUUUGGUAUUACCCCAACUCCUGUCCCACCGCUGAGCUGUGGUGACCCCAUCCUUGCCCAUAGUGACCUGUGCUCCUGGGGGGGGUUCCCCAAACCCAAGCCCACCAAGUUAAGCUCCAAACCUCUCCAAGGACCACCCAGCUCCCAGCCCACACCCCCAGCCGAUCUCUCCCCCAUCACCCCACCGGGGUGGGGACACACGUUUCUGCCGCAGGCGCCAUGGGCUCCCGGCACUUCCCCGCCCGGACCGUGCUCUUCGAGAAGGAAUCCAACGGCGUCACGUACCGCGUGCCUGCCCUGCUCUACCUGCCCUGCGUGGCCAAGCUGCUGGCGUUCGCCGAGGAGCGGCUGAGCGCCGACGACGCCCACGCCAACCUGCUGGUGCUGCGCCGCGGCUCCGUCUAUGGCAGCUACGUGGAGUGGGAUGACAUGCGAGUGCUGGAGACGGCGACGCUGCAGCACCACCGGUCCAUGAACCCCUGCCCGCUGUACGACGAGUUCACCGGCACCCUCUUCCUUUUCUUCAUCACGGUGCUGGGCAGGACGCCCGAAGCCUACCAGAUCGUCACCGGCCAAAACGUCACCCGCCUCUGCUGCGUCACCAGCACUGACCAGGGCCUGAGCUGGAGCGCAGCCACGGACAUGACGCAGCAGGUCAUCGGUGGGGCCAUCAAAGACUGGGCGACAUUCGCCCUGGGCCCCGGGCACGGGAUUCAGCUGCGGUCGGGGCGGUUGCUGGUGCCUGCCUACAGCUACCACAUCGACUGCAAGGAGUGCUUCGGGCAGCUCUGCAAGACCACCCCUCACUCCUUCGCCUUCUACAGCGACGACCACGGCCGGCGCUGGCACUUCGGCGAGUUCAUCCCCAACCUGCAGACAGGCGAGUGCCAGCUCGUCUCGGUGGACGAGGAGGAUGGUUCCAAUGUCCUCUACUGCAACGCCCGCAGCCCCUUGGGCUUCAGGGUCCAGGCGCUCAGCACGGACGAUGGGGCCGUCUUCCAUGGGGGGCAGCUGGUCCAGCGGCUGGUCGAGCCCCCUCAUGGCUGUCACGGCAGCAUCAUCGGCUUCCCUGCACCUUUUGUGUAUGUCCCCACUGCCCCAGGGGACCCUGUGACGUCCCUCCAGGGCUCGGCUCGCCGUCUGCUCCCUGGGAUGCUCCAGCAGUUUCGGUACCUGUCCGUGGGGCAGGCAGCAGGUGAUAAGCCACCCACUGUGGCCACCGGCAGCCACCGUGAGCCAGCUGAGCCUGAGAAGGGUUGUCCUUUCCCAGAGCAUCACUGUCAUGCCCACAGCACCACUUCAGUCCAAGGGGACCCCGCAGUGAACCCCAGCCCCCCUGCCUUCUUCCAAGCACCGACAUGGAUCCUCUACUCCCAUCCUACCAGCUCCAUGUCACGGAUCAACAUGGGGGUUCACCUGAGCACCUUCCCCAGGGACGUGGAGAGCUGGACCGAGCCCUGGGUCAUCUAUGAGGGCCCGAGCGCUUACUCAGACCUGGCUUACAUAGAGCUGCCCUACAACGAGGUCUCCAUCACUGGUGGCCCGGCCAUUGCUUUUGCCUGUCUCUAUGAGAACGGAACGCGGUCACCCUAUGAGCAGAUCUCCUUCAGCAUGUUCACGCUGCACGACGUGCUCCAGAACAUCCCCCUGGCAGCCACUGCUCCCCAGCGGGACGGUCCCCCCCCACGCCAUGGCAAGUGGGGCCGAAAGAGCUGCCUUGUCUCCUAGUGCCCCCCAGGUCGGCUCCCUCCAGGUCCCCAGGCCACCAGCCCAGCACACGGGGAUGCUCUCAGCCUGGGGUCCUGACACCACAUCAUGCAGGAGCCAUGCACUAACAUCCCAAAACUGGGGGUUAUCUCAUUCCUAUUGCUACUUUUUUAAUUAUAGAGUUGGUUGGGCAGGGAGGCUUGUGCCACCAGCCCUGCCUCAGGCUCCCUCCUGAGCACGUGAGCCACCCCAUAAAAUACAUAACGGGGGCACCAGCAGCACUGGGGGGGAGCAGGGAGCUGGGGACACCCUGUGCCACCCGCAUGUGGGGGACAUGAUGCUCUGGCUGUGCUGUACCUGGUGCUACCACCCUGCUCCGGGGGUUCUCGUCCCAUGGUCAUAAAUGUUUAUGUUCCUUUUUUACUUGCUCCUUUUUAAUGAUCCUCUUAGAGCCAAAUCCUCUUCUUCUCAAUGGUCUCUCUGAAAUCACCCAGUUACUGUUUAAUCUG